AUGUGCUCCCAGAGCUCUUUUAUGACUCAAGAAUCCUUGGUCCUUGACCUCAGUGAUCAUAGUUCUCGCCAACGACAUACCCUUCACACUUUUCCAGCAAGUAACUUUCGAAGUGUGCCAGAUAGACCGCAAACUUUCUAUCAAAGCUCAUCACUACGAUUUAGGUUUGACCACGAGGACGACGAAGACAUGACUGACGACGAGGAGGAGCAAUCGCUACUCAAGCCUCUGAUUAACGCACAAAACAACUCCAGUCCGGCGCCAAGGGCUGACGUUCUUCCCGUCCCAUUUAGGACCCACAGGCCUCAGCUUUCACAGACAGUCACAAUCUUGGAUGAGCCCGAUCAACCGGCUGUACCGUUCACACAACAACUUACAAUGAGUCAAUUCGAUCUACAACAAUCACAAAACUAUCAAACGCGUGCCAAGCUUCGACACGAAGCUUGGCAAUCACAGCAGAAAUCCUCUAAUUCUCGUAAGGUGCUGGAGAAAGUCUGUAAUUGGUCUCGGUAUUCACAACCUCGACGAGAGCAACCCAAAAAAAGAGCUUCCAUAAAGCGCGUAAACUCUCUUUCAAGGCGCAAAGAUUUUUCAACUCGAGAUGAAAUGGCCUCCUUCGCUAAAUCUGGUAACUUCGUCUUUCACCGCGGAUUUUCCUUGCGACGGCCCCCGCACGCUGCCCAAAAAUCCAAUUAUAGGAACCGUACAGAGCUUACUUCCGUCAUGGACUACAUUAAUCCAGAAUCUACAGUUGCCGCAGAUUUUACUUCCAGCACUCGAUUUAUGGUAAUGCAACUAAAACCACCCGCAUUUUGGCAAGUUCUGCGACUUCAUCCGAAGUUUAUUUUUCGGACCUUAACCUCCAAACCACAUUGCCAAACUUCACUCAGAAAUACCCAACCUCAAAAGUCAAGACAACACAAGAAUAGCAUAAGACGCCAGUCGCCUUUGCGUAUGCGCAUCUCGACUGUUAGGAGGUCAAAGUCGCAUCCUGGUCCAUACCGUUAUUCUUCAUCACAACUACAAAAUAAGCAGUUGUACGAUGUAUGGAAACAUUACUUAAUGGACGUAAUUGUGCAACGCGCCAAAUUUAGGCUUUAUUUGACCAAUUCAACAAGUCAAAGCAGUGCUUUUUUUAGUGCGUCCAGCUCUCUGACAACACCAUCUGAUGAAGAUUAUUUCCCUUCUGAAUCUUCAGCAGCUGGUACAAGCUACAACAGGAACUCUCGUUAUCGUGUUAACGAGAAUCGAAGUGUCAAGUCUUUCAGACUAAGUAACGAAAUUGCAUCACUUUCCAGCAGCGAAGGAGUCAGAUACAUACCAAGUAUGCGAAAGGUUUCUUAA